AUGAAGAGAUAUGUAAUGGUAAUUGAACGAAUUGUUGCGACUAAACUCGUGACGAAAAGUGGAAAAUAUUCACAAAUUGUCGACCUACACAAUGUUUUGUCUCAGGACAUGCAAAUUAGAGCACUGGUGACACCGAGAUUAAAAAACGCCGUAAUAGGCGUUAGAAAUUUACCACCAUUUCUAGAAGGUACGAAGACUAGUGGAUUUAGGGGUGGAAGCGUCGGCACGCUCCUUUCUGUUAUUGAACAUGUGAAAAACCCGACUUUUAAGGCACUUAGAUUCCUGGCAGUACAUGGACUGUUUACUCCACUAGCGAUUUCAAUAUACCAAAGCAAUGAAGUGAGAGAAGGUGAUAGAAACGGAUCAACGCCAUGUCAUGAGGGGUAUAAUCGCCCUAGAGCAGCCCUCACAUCCACCGUAGUCCACCGGUCCAAAUUCAAGGUAUCCUCCCGAACUGAAAAAUCCGCAACAACAGAUCAAGCUCUCCCCUCAAGUCAGUUCGCCGCCCACCGCAAGACUCCGCAGUCCCGAGUACCCCGCCGUCCCGUCCAAUGCUCUGACCCUCAUUCUCUCUCCCUUCAGCUCUGGCCUUCUGGUUCCCUCUUAGAUUGUGGCCUAGAUCUCCCACAUACUUGUAUUAAGUUCUUGUCGCUCAUUGGAUGCGCUCUUCUUCUGUUAGAACUCGUAUAG